UGUGGUUUAAGACGCUUCAACUUAAUAUUAUACCAUAAUGAAGUUGUUACUUAUUGUGUUAGCCGCCGUGUCAUUCUCAAGCGGUGUCAAGUACAAUGGACUAAGGGUGAAAUUUGGGGAGUCAGACGCAAUGAUCAACAAGGAAGUAUUUCUCAAUAUACCCCGGACAAUAAGAGAAGCUGAGAGCAGUGGUUGGCUGAGAACCGACAGACCCCCUGGGCCAAUGAGAGAGUUGAAGAUGUACUGUACAGCGGGGAGAUAUGUCUGUCCACUGUUUGCGAUGACGGGUUUUGUUGCUGGGCUGCAGAUUGGGUUUCCCGUGGACGAUUUCAAAUCAGCAACGAUAGAGCCAGACAAGAGAUUAGUGAGGUGGCACGCUCCGGCCACGGACUCUGAACCCGCGCGGGACUAUUGGACAGCUACACAAUAUUAUGUGUCUGAAGCAUCGUUACAAGCCAAUGCUGGUCCCAGGGUAGAGAAUGGAGACACGCUGCAAGAUGGCGGGGUGUGGGUUAAUGAUCUUGAAGGUCAACUCAUCAGGAUCCCCAGCACUGAAGCUGAAUUGAGCAUGACAUUGUUCAAGAAACAGAACUGCCAUCCAAAAAUGGGCACUCACUACUUCUGGAAUAUGACGCACAAACUGACCUGUGACAAGCUGUUGCCCUGGUUCCCGCUGGUGUCCAACCAUGAUCUGAUUGGAGUCGGAUUCCAGUUCUUCGGCAGUCUUCCCGAAGUAUCCAAGGAUAGACGCGAUUGGUUUGAUUUAUUUAACGGCGGCGGACGAAUGAUUGCAGAGAUGGUGGUUCCAUAUGCCCCGGAAUGUUACUAUGAAUUGACGCAGAAAUACACUGUCAUCUCUUUGCAUACAUACUUCAUAAAUGAUCCGUGGAAUAUUAAAUGCUAAUUUGUAUAUUGUAUACUAUUAUUGUAUUUCACUGUUUCCAAAUAAAAUUAAUUGCUGGUGUAA